AUGAUUAGAUUUAUUUUAUUCUGUGUAAGUGUUCUUUUUCUCGAGAAUUGUCAUGCCCGUUACUUGGAGGGCCUCAAUCUUAACUUGGGUGAAGCUUUACAAUUUUUACGGGAGUAUGAUCAAGAAGCUUCUGGGGUUUGUAAUAAAGUUAUGACAGCUCAGUGGAAUUUUGCUACUAAUGUUACUGAUUUGGAAGAACAAACAACAAAGUUAAAAUUUGAAAGAUCGUCAUGGCGUAAAGCAGUUAACUUUGCAUGGACUAGAGUACCUGAUCCAUUAGCGCGAAGACAAUUAAAAAUGAUUACCAUGAAAGGAAGAAAUGCGUUGACUCAGGAUAAAUUUAAUGAAGUAAUUAUUCCAAUUCAUCACUUAAUUGUAGAGAUGAAAGAGCUUCAUAGCAGAGCCCGACUUUGUCCAUACAAAAAAACAGGCAUCACUUGUGACAUGGACAUGACUGCAGAAGUUUCAAAAAUAAUGGCCCAGUCUCGAGAUUAUGAAGAAUUACUUCACUACUGGCGCGCUUGGCACGAAGCUGUUGGACCUCCUUUAAAAAAUAAGUACAUGAGAUACGUUCAACUGGCCAACCAAGCUGCAAGACUCAACGGGUUCACUGACGCAGGAGACCAGAUGCGUGAGGCCUUUGAAGAUGAUUACUUUCAGCAGAAUAUUGCAGAAGUUAUUUCUGCGAUAAACCCGCUGUAUAAAAAUCUCUUCACCUAUGUGAGGACCAGAUUGAUUGAUAGGUAUGGUGAUAAACUCAGACCUGAUGGUCCUUUGCCUGCGCAUCUGCUAGGAAAUAUGUGGGCGCAAAACUGGGAGGGAAUUUAUGAUUUAGUGGAGCCUUUUGCUGGAGCUAGACGAUUUGAUUACAAAGACCAACCAUAUAUUUUCCGGAAUGAAGCUCUUCCAGGGUUCCAUGAAGCAGUCAGCGACGCGAUAGAGCUCUCAGUAAUGAACCCACGACAUUUCCAGAGAAUAGGCUUGUACAAUAAUUCAACUGAAGACUACGAGAGCAACAUUAAUUUUCUGAUGCUGAUGGCGCUGCGUAAAGUGGUUUAUUUACCCUUCGCUUACAUAAUUGAUCAAUGGAGGUGGCGGGUAUUCAGCGAUGGAGUAGCAGAUAUGACAACUCGCUGGUGGGAAUUGCGGCUCCAGUACCAAGGAAUUGUCCCACCUCUUCCAAGACUCGAGCGUGACUUUGAUCCGGGUGCUAAGUAUCACAUACCAGCUGAUAUUCCUUACACGAAAUAUUUCGUAGGAGCUGUUUUGCAAUUUCAAUUAUUUGAGUCUCUGUGUGACAUAUCAGGUCAUGUUGGUGAAUUGCACUUGUGUGAUAUUUAUCGGUCACAAGAAGCUGGUCGAUUAUUGUCAGAAAUAUUGUCUCAAGGAUCAUCAAGAAAUUGGCAUGAAGUCGUUCGACUAAUGACCAGAGGAAAGAUGGACCGAAUUGAUGUUGGUCCUAUGUUGAGAUACUUUGAGCCUUUAUUCAAAUGGUUGCAACGACAGAAUGAAAUUGAACCGAUCAUUGGAUGGAUUACUAGCCAAGAUGACACUUCGCUAUUCGCUCACUGGUACAGAAGUUCUUCAGAAAAAGUAAAAGCUUGGUCACUGAGCAUAUUAAUUCCUCUAAUUAUUUGUCUAGUGCGAUGA